CAAAUCAAACCAGUUUCACUCCGCUCACAGCCGCGGAGAGUAUACAGUGUAGCUCAUUUAUGCUUAAAACUCAAUCGUGUACAACAAAUUGUGAUUAAAAAUUAAAUACGUAAAACAAAGCAUAAAGUGCAUCGUAAAACACAAAAAGAUGGCGGCGGGAUUUAUUGUUUUUAUGUGCAUUGUUGUCGCUAGCAAAGGUAUUGAUAUAAACAGCCUAAAGCUAGAACAGGUUGUUAUGUUAGGCCGGCACAAUGUGCGCACGCCUUUAACUGAAGGCUUAGAGAUGUACUCAUCGAAACCAUGGCCGAAAUGGAACAGCACAGCUGGAGUAUUGACCGAAAAAGGACUACGUUUUGAAGGAUAUAUAGCCGAUUAUAUUUCCCAGUGGCUUGACAGUGAAGAUUUUUUUGAAGGGUGCCCACAAAAAGAUGACGUGCUAAUCUACGCGAACACGAAAUCCAGGACCUUGGAAUCAGCGAGGGCGUUCGCUGAAUCAGCGUUUUAUAAUUGUAAUAUCAGUGUGCAACAUUACGCAAAUUUAAGCCAGUUUGACCCACUCUUCCUACCAGUAUUCCACAAUAAAACGGAAGCGUUUAAGAAGCAGAUAGCUGAAGAAAUGAAGAGACAUCUAUCAGAAAUGAACCUGACCGAGUCCUACGCCGAACUGGGGAGGAUAUUAAACAUUGAGGAAGCAGAUAUAUGUAAAAAACUGUUCUUGUGUGAUCUAAAUAGUCAACAGACUGAAAUAGUCCUCGAAGAAGGUGAAGAACCCAAUGUAAAUGGACCACUAUACAUAGCGAAUGCGGUGGUGGACGCGUUCAUUAUGAGCUAUUAUGAAGGAAGACCAAUGACCGAAGUAGCAUGGGGCCAGAUCGAGACAGAUCGACAAUGGGACUUACUAGCAAAAAUCAUCACUGAAAAUCAGAACAUAAGGUUUAAAUUAGAAAGUGGCGCAAAAGACAUAGCAAGUCCACUCCUAAGGUAUAUGUUUAAUAUCUUCAACGAUGGAAAGCCAAAAUUCGCUCUCCUCGUAGGACACGAUUCCAAUUUGAAUUCCGUGUUGACUGCGUUAGAAUUUAAGCCGUUUGAAAGGAAACUUCAAUUUGAACCUUACCCAAUUGGUGGGAAGAUUGUUUUUCAAAAGUACAGCGAUAAGAUGGGCCAGUAUUUGAAGGUUGAGUACAUAUAUCCUACUACCAAACAGUUGAGGGGUGGUGACGAACUGUCGUCAAAUAAUGAACCACAGCGAAUUAUAUUGGAAUUAAAAGGGUGUCCUAUAUCGCCUACUGGAUAUUGUCCAUGGAGUGAGUUUUUGAAAUUAAAUGAAAUAUUAGAUUACUUAGCUGCUUCAGGUAAGUCAUUUCAUGCGCAACCCAUUACCACCGUGCGCGGGGACCCCUUAUGA